AAGAAUCUACACAAAAUCCCUCAAAACAAGAAAUACCAAAGAACUCACAAAGACAACACAAAAAUAGAUGAAAUUGGAGAAUAUUCCUGAGGUGAAAAGCCUCACAGCUUCCCUACAGAGAUACAUUAUAAGGUGCUGCACUGCUUAUAAAUAUCCCCUAUGAAAAUCCUCAUCACCCUUGCUGUUUAAGAGACACAAUUUAAUUCUUCCUAACACUGGAGGUCAUACGCAAAUAGGGAAGGAGUCAAGGCAACAGAAGCAUGUGCAAAAAUACUGCUGCAGCUUGGCAUUGGAAUAUAGGAAAGAAAUGACCUUUACCUGUCAUGCAAUCAACGACCAAAAUGCCUUAUAGCACUGCAGCAAUAGACACAUUCAGAACACAGCAACCUUAAGAAGCCAGGAGAAUAUCUCAGUCCUUCAGCAGCUACCCUUGUCUCUGUACUAUUGAUCCCGGUUGAUCAGAGAGACAUUGCAAAGGCACAGGAACCUGUACUUGUGCAGUAACAAGAGGAGCACACAGCCAGAGCUCACGCACUCGGCUCACAUUGCUGAGUCUGGAGGUUAUGAUAUAUGAUCUAGUGCCUGUUAAUGUUCUGAACAGGAGCCAUCUUUCCAGAGGGAUAGUUUAUUGACCCCUGUGCACGGCAACAAUAAAGAUAAGCCGGCAUACCGACACUGCAGAGAGCUCAGAGACAGGACAAGCAUGAACCCCGACUCCUCUGUUCUCAAUGGAACCGUGGAUAUUGUGAACGAAGGGCAUCUCAACGGGACCGCAGGGGACUCGAGUGGAACAGAAGAGGGUAAAUCCUUUAACAUGAUGCCAGAGGUGGAGAUGUGCCAGUCUGUUCUACCCUGCCACGCUAACCACAAGGGCGGGCUGAGCGCUGGGCAGCUCCUGAAGUGGAUCGACAUCAUUGCGUGCCUGGCAGCGGAGAAGCAUGCUGGGCUGCCCUGUGUUACCGCGUCAAUAGACGAUAUCCAGUUUGAAGAGACUGUGAGGGUUGGACAGAUUAUCAACAUCAAAGCUAAAGUGAACAGAGCUUUCAAUACGAGCAUGGAGGUGGGAAUACGAGUUGUGGUGCAAGACGUCCUUACCGGGGUUCUGAAGAGAGUCUGUGUGGCCUAUUCCACAUUCGUAGCCAAACCAGUUGGAACCCAAAAGAUCCGUUUGAAGCCAGUAGAUUGUCUCACUACUGCAGAAGAUCACCUGGAAUACGCGCUGGCGUCAGAGAGGAGGAGGCUGAGACUAUACAAUGAAGAUGCCUUUACCAAAUUAAUGCAAGACAGCCACCUGCUCAAAGGAGUAGCUAAUGGAAAAGAGAGCUCCCAGAUAUCAACAGAGAGAACUCGAGUGCAGAGCAUUGAGCUCGUGCUGCCACCGCAUGCCAAUCACCAUGGCAACACUUUUGGUGGGCAAAUUAUGGCCUGGAUGGAGAACGCAGCCACUGUUGCAGCAAGUCGACUUUAUGGUACUUACCCAACACUGAAGUCUGUUGACAUGUUUAAAUUCAGAGGACCCUCCAGCGUUGGAGACCGGCUGGUGUUCAAAGCCAUAGUCAACAACACAUUUCAGAAAAGCAGUUUGGAGGUGGGAGUACGUGUUGAAGCCUAUGACUGUGAGGAGUGGACUCAAGGGAAGGCCCGGCACAUAAACAGUGCUUUUUUAAUUUAUAAUGCCUCCAGUGACAAGGCCCACACGCAGACAUUCCCCAGUGUUAAAUACACAUCAAAGGAUGGACAGAGACGAUACCUGGCAGCGAUUGUCCGAAAGCGGAUUCGACUGGCCAGAAAGCAUAUCCUCUCUUCCAAAGAGGAAGGGCCACUCUCUGUUCCCUGGGACAAGAGUAACCAGGUGUAUCUGAGCUACAACAAUGUAGCUGCCCUCACAGUUUUGGCAGGCAAGCAUGGAUGGGAAGUAAACAGCUCCCAGCCGAAGAUUCGUGUUUACAUGAAUGAAGAGCUGGACACGUUGUCAGUGCAGGUGGAGAUGCACGUGAGGGUGUCGUCCCUUCAGGCUUUCUUUCUGCUUUCGGACCUCAGUCUCAGACCCUCCUGGGACAGACACUACUCGAGCUGUGAAGAAGUGCAGGUGGUAAACGAGGAUGAUAAACUCUAUCACAUUACAUGUCCGGCAGUCAACAAAGACAAGCCCAGAGACUUUGUGGUGCUGAUGUCCAGAAGACAGCCGUGCAAAGAGGGGGAUUCCUAUAUCGUAGCACUGAGGUCUGUGACUGUGGCUUCUGUGCCUCCCGAUCCAGAUUACACGAGAAGUGAAGUCCUGUGCGCAGGGUUCUUGAUUAGCGAUGCCAGCAGCGCCACCUGUAAGGUAUCUUACUACAAUCAAGUGACAUCUGGAGUCUUGCCAUACAUCGCUGGAAACCUGGCUGGAUGGUCAAAAUCCAUGGAAGAAACCGCAUCGUCAUGUAUUGAGUUUUUGGAAAAUGUUACGGAUCAAAAGAUUUGUGCAUUUUGAUUACAGAUUUUUGUGAAAAUACUCAGCACAAAUUGUCCCCUACCGUAGAUCAAACUUGAAGUGUGUUUUUGUACCAUAUAUUACGUAUGUCUGUGGUAAUGUUUUCUUCAGUGUAUAAGCAGUUCUUAUAAUUCCCACCUGUGCAAGAACAUG